CCAUAUAUUAUAUAACUUCCAUUUAUUUAUUUCAUAUACUAUAUGCAUGAUGUAAAGAGGGAAUCUAGGAAGUAUUCCCCCUUAAGAGCACUGAAAAAUUUUAUAAAAGCUCUUAUUGGGUAUCACUCUUUUUUUUCCCAAUCAAAGAAAAAGAGAUGGAAUAGUCUUAAACAUCUGUAUAUAUAUAUAUAUAUAUAUAUAUAAUUUAUAUACACAUAGGACUGAAACCUUGAAGUGCUGCAAUGGCAGCUGGUGUGCUUCAGUUGCAGAGGCAAUUGACUGAUUACACAGCUUCACUGUUCAGUGAGGGAUUCCUUGACGAUCAGUUCAACCAACUUCAGCAAUUGCAAGAUGAAAGCAACCCAGAUUUUGUGGUAGAAGUUGUGUAUGUUUUCUUUGAAGAUUCUGAGAGACUUCUUAAUGAACUUGCCAAAACUCUAGAUCAGCAGAGCAUUGAUUUCAGAAAAGUUGAUGCCCAUGUUCACCAGUUGAAGGGUAGCAGCUCUAGCAUUGGUGCUCAGAGAGUUCAAAGAGUUUGCAUUCCUUUCCGUAACAACUGUGAGGAGCAGAACAUUGAAGGGUGUCUAAGAUGUCUGCAACAAGUGAAACAAGAGUACACCCUUGUGAAAAAUAAGCUUGAAACCUUGUUCAAGCUGGAGCAGCAGCUAUUGGCCGCCCAGCGGUCAAUGUCAACAAUUUAAUCAUCAGAGCCAAUGCAGAUAUCAAUCAGCAAAAAACAAUAACACUGGUGGUUUGGUUCUGUAUUUGUAGAUCAGUAUUCUUCUUUCUUCUUUCUUUUUCCUCUUUCAUCAGCAGGUUUAGAGCCAAAAGUUGUUGGGCAUUCAAGGCUCUUAUCAAACUAGAAUGUGAAUAAACAUUGUGAGAACAAUCAUAAAGAAUGUGAAUAAAUCUUUCUUGCUACCAA